AUGUGUCUGAGCGCAUUUGUCUUCAUUGCUGAAGCGCAGCUCAUCGUCACCUUUCUGAAGAUCCAGUGGGACUCGACGUGGGACAACAAACUCAGACCUCCAGUGCCUUUGCAGACGCAGGACGGUGGCAUCUCCAGCUCCAGCGUGUCGCUCCGUGACCCCAUGAGACAGCGCUACUCCGUCACGUGGCAUCCUCGCCAGCCGCUCCUCAUCGUGUCUGACGGCUACAUGGUGACUGUGCUCAGGAUGAGCGAGCGGCCGUCUGCUGCCGCCGUGAUGAGCGCCGCCCUGCUGGACGCUGCGCAGGGACUGGAGCACAUACGCAGGGUCCUGGGCUCGUCUCAGCCUCAGUUCAGGUCCAGGCUUGAGUCCAUGCCCACUCUGACGUUCACAGGAAGUCUUCAGCCUCUUAAAGAGAAAGAAACGCCGCUGUCUGCUCUACCUCUGUACCUGCAGGAUACAGCAGACCUCACACAAUAUACUGAGAGAACGCAGGAUGAGGAAGACCAUGAUUCUGAUGAAGGUCCGUAUACGUGCUCACACACAGAAGACGGAGGCAAGCUGGAGUUUGCGUCUAUGUUUGACACGCUUCACGCUCAGACACAGUCACACCCAGAGCCGGCGUCCUCGGGUCUGCAGGAGGAUCUGGACAGGGUUCACAGGAGCCUCACGAGAGCCUGGGCUCUGGGCGUUUCUCUGGGCGGCUCCGUCCAGCAGAGAGAGCGUCUCCUCAGGUACACCGGGCUCUGUGUCUCUCGCCUCGUGAACCUCCUGCGGGUCAGAGACUCCGCCGGCAGGAAGAGCAGGAGCGCGUGGGUCACUCACGCCCUUCACACCCUCGGGACGCUGCUGUCCUUUCUCCCGUGGGACGCCGAGCGCACCGCAGGCCGCGGCUGUCUGGGCAUCACUGUAGAGCUCACUAGAUGUUUCGUCGACAUGUUUCUCCCGCUUUCCUCCUCCGAUUUAACACUUUCCUCCCAGAACUUCAGCGCAGCGCUCGUCGUCCUUCGGCGAGCGUCUCAGAGUGUGGAUCGGACCUACAGCCUCCCGCCGAGAGCAGUGCAUCAUGGGGAGCUGACAUAUUCCUCUGACAUGUUUUCUGCCCCAAUGUUACAAAACAACGUUGAUGCUGAUGCCGAGACAGGAGCACAAACAGCACCUUCUAACAGAUUGGUGGGUAUCUGGCGUGAGGUGUACGAAAGGGCUGUGCGGUACCGGGAGGAAUUACGUCACCGCAGAGGCGUAAAAAACGAGCUCGAGAAGAUGUCAGUAAUUAUGCCUCAAAUCCAGCAAGCUUUACAGUCAGCUGGAGCCCGUCUUGAGGAGAGCCACACUCUGCGUAGUUUCAGCGGUGAACAGCACUUUAUUUUUGGAGAAUAUACGGAGAGCGUUCAGGUUUGGAGGACUCAGCUAAGGGCAGAGAGACAGAGAGCCGGUCCCAUGACGUGUUACCUGGAGACCCGCUGCUGUCUGGCUCUUCUCUACACGCUGCUCUUCCAGUAUCGCCUGCGAGACGCUCAAGGUCUGUGUGACCGUCUGGCACGCCAGUUACAGACGCAAGCAGGACGACGGGAAGAGGAGACGCAAGGAGAGGCUGAUGAGGGUCCGGUGGGGCGUGAAGCGGCCUGCGCUGUGGUUCAGUCUCUGGGCAGGUUUAUGGCUGCGUACUUCACCAACCGGCCGCUGUGCAUUCUCCCGCCACACAACAUCGACGUGCUGCCGCCUCUUCACUUACCACACGCUGCUAGUGGACGUGUGGUAGAGUUGUGUCAGACUCGUGUAUCGCUGUCGGUCCGCUCCGAGCAGCUCUCGGCGCUGUGGACGGUGGAUUACGCUCUGGAGCUCCUCCUGCUGGGAGGAUUGAUGCCUGAGGCCUCGUGGAUGGCCCUGCGGCUGGGAGACUGGAAGAUGGCAGCCGCCCUCGGCCUGGCCUACACCAACUACUGCAGUGGACAGUUCGACAUCAGCAGCCUGCGUUGGAGAGAGCUGCAGCUUUCCACCGAGCUGAAGCCUGCAGAGAUAUUCCAGGAUCAGCUGGAGAUGCUACUGGGCCGAAUGGCUGGGUCUGAAGGAGAUGCUAACACAGGCACAGUGGGUGUUGAGGACGUGGAUCUGGUUCAGGUCUCUGUGCAGGAGAUCCUGAAGGCAUCUGUCAUGGCGGAGGUGGACGUCAUCUCUCAGCCUCUAACACGACUUCUGGACGCAGCCAAAGAGCGAGCGAUGUCACUUCCUGCUCUGGUUCCUCCUGCGUUCUACCUGCCUGCUCCUCCUCUGUACUGUCCACAGCCUUCACCGAACACACAGGACUCUGUGAGUGAUGCAGCUCUGGUUCUGGAGAGGGAGUCUCGCUGCCAGGUUUCUGGGCUGGUUCAGAAGGUUCUGAUGCUCUUCAGAGCGGCACACAGCUCUCGGCCCGCGGCGCAGUGGUACAUCAGCAACCUGCAUCGCUGCAAACACCUACUGCACAAGUUUGAUAAUUAGUUCAUGCUCUCCUUUGUUCCUUGCCUAUGGUUACUAAUUGAUUGGGUACUCUGUUCAGGUGCUG